UCCAGCGACAACUUGAACAGAAGAACGCCGAACCAGAGCCGCAGUUACGAAACGUCGAGUUAGAGGAACAGUCGACGUCGUAGCGUCGUAUCGAGGGUCGAGACGCGCGUCUACAAAUCCAUUUUUUUCCGAAACAUUUGCAAAGUCGCGCUUAUGGUGGACCAUGUUGAGUGAGGUGGUUUCAGUGCGAUUUUAUUCAUGGAUAUCACAUGGCAACUACCAGGGACUUUUUCCAUAUUGGUGAUUCCCGACAGUUAUUCCGGCUACUUUGAGUUGCUGAGCGAGGAGGGACGAGCGGUGCGAUGCAUCGAAAGUGUGGCCGAACUGGCGCGCCGUAAGCCUGAAGAGGGCUGUUUGGUGCGCGAAACCAUCCGCGGAGUGCAGGCGAAAACUGAAGUGGAUGGGGCUGUCACGCCUGAGGGUGCUCGCACCAUUCCAGCCGGCGAAAUCUUGGUACCGACCGGAGAGGCCAUUCUACCGGGUUCCAAAGGUCGCUACCUGAAGUGCGUGGACACGCGUGGCGACACGAUCCUGCUGGGCCUGGAGCAGCGGGGCAAAUUCUCCGCUUUGGCUCGCGAAGACAACAUCAGUGGCGUGCACACCGCCCGCAAUCUGCUCAGCAAGCGGCUGCCCCUCACUGUGCGCCUUGUGCACGGCACUGCGCCCCGCGGCCUAAAAAGUCCCAGUCAUUUUGUGCCAGAACUUAGAUUGUUGUCGACGUUUGAAGAGGAGCACAUAUUCGCGCUCCCCCUCCAAAAGGACUCUCAUAGUGUGACAGCGCUGCCCUUAGCUGCGCCUCUGAAGCUGCUCAGAACGCGGAACGAAGAUCAGCUGAGGGCCAUGUCCGAAUUCGGCCGAUUGGUGGACAAAUGCAUGAAGCUGGUGACGGAAGUGGCCGACCGCAUUCAGGUUCUCGACGGCAAAUUGGGCGACUCGAAGAAGCAGUCGCCCACACAGCCGCCCGAGCAGCUGAAGAACGGCUUCGUGCUGCGCCGCAGCGCCUCCUCCGACUCGGCCAAUCAUCGCACCAAGCACUCGCACCAUCGCAAAGACGAGAAUCGCGUGCCGGUCUACAGCAAAGACUACGACGAAAUCGACCAGAUCUACGAUUACGUGCGGGGCUUCGCCCCACUGCCGAAAAGCAUCCGGUCGCCCUUUUCCGAUCCGUCGCCCUCGCUGACGUCGCACAGCUCGACGCCCUCGCAUCCCGUCUCCGAUCUCGGCAAGCCGGAGCCGCCGCCCAUCGAGACGAUCCCCACCAAGAAGCUGCAGGCGGAGAAGCGGAACCGGAAGAGCGCCUCGUCGACCAUCCGGGACAAGGAGGUGCCGCCGAAGACGCAUCAGGUGCAUCAGAAGACGCCGCCUGGACUGCCCAAGCUGUACGUGAAGAAUGGGCAAUCGCAGCGGAGCAGAUUGCUGAGGCAGAAAAGCGCGUCUCCCAUGAAGGAGACGCCCCCUAGUCCUGUGUCGAAGAGCGGGUCGCCCCUGUUUAACAUCCGGUACAAGUCGCUGAAUAAUUUGCAGGCGAUGGAAAUGGACGGAACCCUGGACUCGAGCAACUCUGGAGGUCGCGCUUCGGGCGACUCCGGCGCCGGCACCAAACAGCCGGAAAAGCGGUCCAGAAAACUGUCCAGGCCGCGCAGCCUCACCAACCUGGUGUGGGAGACCAGAGAGCAUCCGGACAUUUCGAUGCCCCUCGUCGACAAACCGAAGAAGAUUCUCGAUCCAGCGGCCAUAGUGUAUAAAAAACAUUCCAAGUAUUCGAUUAGUGGACCGAAAAGCCGUGGUACCCUCUAUUUGUAGGGCUCUUUGUUAUCGCCAUGGCUUGGCUAUUUGUGAUUUGUCUACUGUUAAGGUUGGUACUCGAUCGGCUGCUCGGCUACUUCCACUUGCAACAGGCACUACUGGGAACCGUCGGUGUUGGGUUCGGAUGUUCAUGCUGCCAAGUACAGCAAAGUGCCUUGUAUAUAUUUAUUCGCUUUGGUCGGCUGGUUCGCGCCUGAUGAUGAUUGGGGCCGUGCAAAAUGAGAAACGUCUGAUUGAUUUGUGCGUGUUUUAGACGACUUUUAACGUGUAUUCCGGAAGUGCCUUAGUUGUAAUGUUGCGGAACCACCCAAAAGGUUGCAUUUUCAAUUCAGUCAUUUUUUGCAAGCCAUGCUUUCUUAAAGCACCUGAUGACGUCCAAACAUCGAAACUUUCCGGCUUAUUAAUGGGCGCACAACCACGGGUUCUCUCAUCGCAAACUGACUAGAAAUGUGCCUUAAACAGCAACUUAUCCUUCCUAUUCACACGUCUUCAUGGAAGUAGACCGCGUCGAUUUAGCUUAUUUAAGUCCAUUUUCGAUUUUCUAAGACUUGUGAUUCGUAGGUUUUAGUGAUUUUCUAAUUUUAAUUAGCGUGUAAUUCGUACGAUUUAGUUUUACUACUACUUGGUGUCCAUAUCAUUUUGAAAGUCAAAUAAACCGAUAUAAAAGUGAA